AUGAGGCUCGAUGUGAAGAGACAGCUCUUCGCCCGCAGUGAGCGGGUCAAGGGCAUCGACUUCCAUCCUCAAGAGCCCUGGAUCCUUACCACCCUGUACAGCGGCCAUGUCUACAUUUGGUCCCAUGAAACUCAACAGAUUGUCAAGACCUUCGAGCUCACAGAUGUCCCCGUUCGCGCCGGUCGCUUCGUCGCCAGAAAGAACUGGAUCGUUUGCGGCUCUGACGACUUUCAGUUGCGCGUCUAUAAUUACAACACGUCCGAGAAGAUCACAUCCUUCGAGGCCCACCCCGACUACAUCCGAGCCAUUGCCGUACACCCGACCCAACCGUUCGUUCUGACAGCCUCUGAUGACAUGACUAUCAAGCUGUGGGAUUGGGACAAGGGUUGGAAGUGUGUCCAGGUCUUCGAAGGCCACAGUCAUUAUGUCAUGGGCCUGGCCAUCAACCCCAAAGACACCAACACAUUUGCCUCCGCAUGUCUCGAUCGCACCGUCAAGAUCUGGAGUCUGGGCUCGUCAACAGCCAACUUCACCCUCGAGGCACACGAGACCAAGGGCGUCAACCAUGUUGACUACUACCCGCACUCCGACAAACCGUACCUUCUCACCACGUCGGACGACAGGACAGUCAAGGUCUGGGACUAUACGACUAAGUCGCUGAUCGCCACUCUAGAGGGCCACACCAAUAACGUGUCGUUUGCUUGCUACCAUCCCGAAUUGCCGAUCAUCAUCUCAGGUUCCGAGGACGGCACCGUCAGGAUAUGGCACGCCAACACGUACCGCUUCGAGCAGUCUCUCAACUACGGCCUGGAGCGGGCUUGGUGCGUCUCGUACCAGAAGGGCAAACAAGGUGUUGCUGUCGGUUUUGACGAUGGUGCUGUCGUCGUCAAGCUAGGUCGUGAAGAGCCGGCUGUGUCGAUGGACGGAUCAGGGAAGCUGAUCUGGGCGCGACACAACGAGGUGGUGUCAUCUAUUAUCAAAGGCGGCGAUGCAUCGAUCAAGGACAAUUCGCAGAUUACCCUCCCGACCAAGGAUCUAGGAACAUGCGAGGUCUACCCUCAAACGCUCAUCCACUCUCCCAACGGCCGGUUUGUCGCCGUCUGUGGUGACGGGGAAUACAUCAUCUACACGGCUUUGGCAUGGCGAAAUAAGGCAUUUGGGUCGGCACUCGACUUUGUGUGGGCAAGCAAGGAUAGCAACAACGAUUUCGCUAUUCGUGAAUCGGCCACCAGCGUAAAGGUGUACAGGAACUUCGUCGAGAAAUCCGGCGGCCUCGAUAUUCCCUUCCAAGCGGACGGUCUUACCGGCGGGGUGUUGCUCGGAGUCAAGGGACAGGGCGGCAUCUCUUUCUACGACUGGGCUACAGGCGGUCUCGUGCGACGCAUCGAAGUCGACCCCAAAGAGGUGUACUGGUCCGACAGCGGCGAACUUGUGACUCUGGCCUGCGACGACACCUUUUACGUUCUGCGCUUCUCCCGGGACAACUAUAUCGAAGCUACUCAAGCUGGCCAAGUUGACGAGGAUGGUGUGGAGGCGGCAUUUGAAGUCAUCACAGACAUUGCCGAAAGUGUGCGCACUGGCGAGUGGGUUGGUGACUGCUUCAUCUACACCAACAGCACCAACCGGUUGAAUUAUCUGGUCGGUGAUCAAAUCAACACUGUGUCGCACUUUGACCAGCCCAUGUACAUCCUCGGCUACAUCCAACGCGACUCCCGGAUCUACCUGGCAGACAAAGAUGUCAACCUCACAUCUUUCGGUCUGUCACUGCCCGUUCUGGAAUAUCAAACACUGGUACUACGUGGCGACAUGGAUACCGCUAGCGAACUAUUACCCACGAUUCCAGCCGACCAGGUCAAUAAGAUCGCACGUUUCCUCGAAGGCCAAGGAUACAAGGAAAUGGCACUCGAAGUAGCCACCGACCCGGAGCACAAGUUCGAUUUAGCAUUAGCACUGGGCCAGCUGCCACUUCUGCUCGAGCUAGCGAAAGAAGCGGACGUGGAGCACAAAUGGAGGACUGUGGGUGAUGCUGCCUUGUCCGCUUGGGAUGUACCACUUGCCACGGAAUGCUUCACUCACGGCAAGGACCUCGGCUCAUUACUCCUGAUCUACACAAGCACAUGCGACAAGGACGGUCUUGCUUCCCUGGCAACGCAAGCCGCAGAAGCAGGAUCUCAUAACAUUGCGUUCACAUGUUUAUGGACGAUUGGCGACAUCGAAGGCUGUGCCGCACUGCUCCAAAAGACUAAGCGCCUGCCGGAAUCUGCCCUGUUCACGCAAACCUACAAGCCCAGCCUGACGCCGUCUGCAGUGAAGAGUUGGAAAGAGGACCUCGAGGGCAACAAGAAGGGUCGGAUUGCUAAGAUGAUUGGUGCUCCCGAAGAGGACGACGAUCUGUUCCCGGAAUGGGAGGAGUAUCUUCAGUUGGAGAGGGAUGGCCCAAGUGCGCCGGCGGCGACGACCAAUGGCGAAGUCGAGUCUGGAGAGGACGAGGAUACGGAGGAGGCGGAGGAGGCGGAUGAGGCUGAGGAAUAG